AUGAAAGCCCUGGACAAGAGCGAAGUGACAACUCUAGGCCUACCCUCCACCACCAGCCAUGGAGGCUCUGACAGUAACAUCAGUGCGGACGGAGCGGCGGCAGCAGCAGCAGCAGCAUCAGCAUCGGGGGUCAUGGCCUGCGGGGGUGCAGAGGGUUUUGGGGUCGUCGAGCCACAGCGGACACGUGCUGCCUUGGAGCAUCUGCAGCAGAAGAUCCUGAAGGUCACCGAGCAGAUUCGUGUGGAACAGGAGGCCCGAGACGACAACGUUGCAGAGUACCUGAAGUUGGCCCACAACGCAGACAAACAGCAGGCAUCCAGGAUCAAGCAGGUGUUUGAGAAGAAGAACCAGAAGUCAGCACAGACCAUCGCACAUUUGCACAAGAAACUAGAGCACUAUCACAAGAAGCUUAAGGAGAUAGAACAGAAUGGACCGGCCCGGCAGCCCAAAGAUGUCCUGCGGGACAUGCAGCAGGGAUUAAAGGAUGUUGGGGCCAAUGUUCGUGCUGGGAUAAGUGGUUUUGGAGGUGGAGUAGUUGAAGGGGUCAAAGGUGGAGUAUCCGCCUUCACUCACACAGCCGUGGUCUCCAAGCCGAGAGAGUUUGCCAGUCUUAUCAGGAACAAGUUUGGCAGCGCCGAUAACAUUGCUCACCUAAAGGACUCACUCGAGGACGGAGUCGGGGGCCACUCUGAGGACACCCCGACACCUCGUGCACUGAGUGGAAGUGCCACUCUGGUCUCCAGCCCAAAAUACGGCAGCGACGACGAGUGCUCCAGCGCCACGUCGGGCUCCGGAGUGGGCAGUAAUUCUGGUGGGGCAGGGGGAGGAGGAGGAGGAGGACUGUUAGGACCAACCAUGGGGAGCCCCAGACUGGACGGGCACCACCACCACCACCAUCACAUGCACAGCUCUUGGGACUCUCUACUUGAGGGCCUGCAGGAGAUCAAAGCCAGUCAGGCGCACAUGGAGGAUGCCAUCGAGGACAUGAAGGGCCAGCUGCAGAGUGACUACUCCUACAUGACUCAGUGCCUGCAAGAAGAAAGAUACAGGUAUGAGCGACUUGAGGAACAGCUGAAUGACUUAACAGAGCUGCACCAGAAUGAGAUGACUAACCUUAAACAGGAGCUCGCCAGCAUGGAGGAAAAAGUCGCCUACCAGUCCUACGAGAGAGCACGAGACAUUCAGGAGGCGGUGGAGUCGUGCCUGACCCGCAUCACCAAGCUGGAGCUGCAGCAGCAACAGCAGCAGGUGGUCCAGUUGGAGGGAGUGGAGAACGCCAAUGCUCGAGCUCUGCUGGGCAAACUCAUCAACAUCAUCCUGGCGCUCAUGGCCGUGCUGCUGGUCUUUGUCUCCACCAUGGCCAACUUCAUCACCCCGCUGAUGAAGACCCGAGCCCGGGUGGCCGCCACCGUCCUGCUGACCUUGCUGCUGUUCGUCCUGUGGAAGCAGUGGGACUUUGUGGAGCCGUGGCUGCUGCCCAGCUGA